AUGCCUCACUCUACUACUCUCCCCAUCCAACACAUCUCAAUCAUCGGUUGCGGCUCAAUCGGCGCAUCGUGGGCAGCACUGUUCCUUUCACAAGGCCUGACUGUUACGGCCUUCGACAUCAACGCCGCGGCUGAGACGAGCUUACGAAAGCUAGUUGCGAAUGCUCUUCCUGUACUCAAGUCUCUCGGCCUGCAGAAAAGUCCUUUCGCGUCCACCGACAGCAUCAUUUUCACAAACGACUUGAAAGAAGCACUGAAACACGCAGACUUUGUGCAAGAGAAUGGACCUGAGAGACUGGAGCUCAAGCAGAAGAUGUUUGAAGAGAUGGCGGGCCUGGUCAGACCUGAUGUGAUCCUCGCGACAUCCUCCAGCGGCCUCACGUGCAGCUCGAUACAGGAUGGCAUGUCAGCCUCAUCAAAUCCUGAGAGAGUGAUCGUCGGCCACCCAUUCAACCCCCCACAUCUGAUUCCCCUCGUCGAAGUUGUCGGCGGGCAACAGACAUCGCAGGACACCAUCGACAGAACGAUGGUAUUUUACAAUGCCAUGGGGAAGAAAGCCGUACAUGUGAAAAAGGAGGUUAUGGGGCACAUCGCCAACCGGCUGCAGGCGGCACUGAUGCGCGAGAUGCUGUCCAUGCUGCAAAACGACACAUGCAGUAUCUCCGACAUUGAGGAUGCCAUGGCGUACGGACCAGGUCUGAGAUGGGGCAUCAUGGGCCCAAACACGCUCUUCCACCUGGCUGGUGGCGAACAUGGCGCGCAGCACAUGGCAGAUCAUUUGCUUCAGCCAGUGACGACGUGGUGGGCCAGGGAAGACCCGGUGCUCGACGAUGCGCUGAAGAAGAAGUGGGUGGAGAGCACCAUGGAUGCCGUCAGAGAGAGGAAGUUUGAUGACCUGGUUACGCAGAGAGAUUCCGAGUUGUUGCCCCCCUCCAAACGCCUCUUCAUCCUCGACUGCGCCCUCUCAUCCCCCAACUUCUCAGGCGGCCGCAUCAUCUCGACCACCACAUCCGGCACCGAUGCCCAUGAUGUCAUCUCCAACAUGUCCACACUACCCGACGGGAUAACAAUCGACCACGCCUCUGGCCAAAUGUACGUGACGCAGAUGGGCAGCUCGCUCAGCACAAACAGCGGCAGCAUCAUACGCGCAAAUCUCGACGGAUCGGACCAGCAAGUCGUCGUCGAGCAAGGGAGCGUGGGCGUCUGGACACCGAAACAAAUCAUCUUUGCCGAGGACGCGGGGCGGAAAUGGAUCUACUGGUGUGACAGGGAGGGCAUGAAAGUGAUGCGCGCUUGCGUCGACACGCUGCCUGCAAAGCCGGAGGUUCUGGUUGAUACUGGCGAUGCGGCAAAGGGCGAUGGAGACGAUAAUCGGAACUGGUGCGUUGGUGUCGCCGUCGAUGUUGCAAGGGGAGAGGUGUACUGGAGUCAGAAGGGUCUGUCGAAGGGAUUUGAGGGCAGGAUAUUCCGGGCGAGAGUUGAUGAUGCUGAGGCGUCGAAGAAGCUGCUGUUUGAUAGUCUUCCUGAGCCCAUCGAUCUCGAGCUCGACGAGGAGAGCCAUGUAUUGUACUGGACGGACCGCGGUGACCCACCGAGAGGCAAUUCGCUGAAUCGCGCGUUUGUUGGAGGUGAAAAGGUUGGCGCGGUGGAAAUACUGGCAACGAGGCUCCACGAAGCGAUUGGUUUGGCGAUCGAUAAGGAGGAGAGAAAGGCGUAUGUCAGUGACCUGGCGGGCGGCGUCUACGAGGUUGAUCUUGCGUCGCGGGAAAAGAAAGUGCUGUUUCCAGAGCUUGGAGAUCUGACUGGCAUUGCGUUAGUAUAG